UUCCAUUGCGUAAAAUGUCAAGUUUUGUUGAAUUCCGCCGCGCUUACUACGAUGUCGAAUUAUGCGUAGAGUUUUUUUGUAGUCGAGUUUUGCAUCAACUUUUGUCAUUUAUAAUUUUGAUUGUGCCAUAGUAACCACCAGUUUAAAUAUGUAUCAAGGUAAUCACCAACCAUCUGUAUUCACAAAUAAGAUUCAACAAAACAUGGGUCCAAACGAUGGGAUUAGAAUCCAUCAAAUGAAUCCUUCAAUUCAACCUAACCGUCGUGGUACCCCAGUAAUGCAACAUCAAGUUUCUUCAGCUAGACCAGCCAAUCAGUCAUCAUUUGUUAAUACCCAUAAUAAUUAUAGGCCGGUUUCUUCAAUGCAGAACUCGUUCCAACAGAAUAAUAAUAAUAAUAUGCCCCCCGCAAAUCAGUAUAAUACAGCUCGGAACUUACCUAACAGUACCAGAUACAACCAGUCGUUCAGUAACCAGAAAUUUUCGGGAUUCAAUAGUCAACAGGCGACCACAGCAAAUACUUUCACAAGUUCUUCAGCUACCAGUGUGGCUAGCGCCUCUAGAAACAAUUUUCAAGGCCAGAAUCGGAAUGAGUCGUUGAACAAUAAGUCAAACAGGUUAACUUCUAAUACCGGCAUGAUGCCCACACCAAAACCAAGAUUAUCGACGAUGCCAAACUUUAACUCGCAAAUUUCCGGUUUAAUUCCCGUGGCGGGAAGUUUUACUCAUAAGGGAACGCAACGUGUUACUCAGAUGACGAAUACCGCUAGAAGGAGUAGGUUUAGGAAAUUUGGGGAUAGAGACAAUGAGAAACUGUGUAUCCUCACUGGGUCUGUUGAGCGGAUUAUUAAGUAUGGAAAGAUUUUCCAGAAUCAUUUUUGUUACUAUCAAGUAUUCGGAUGCGUUGUUGCCAUAACCGAUGGCAAUAUUCGCUUUGAGAAAAAAAUGUUACUGAGAGACAAAAGGGGAGGUCCAGUAUUACAAUUGACCUACUACUGCAACUCAACCCAUAUAAAUAUCGUCGAUUUUUAUAUUGGGCAGGAAUUGAGGGCUGUUGGAAGGAUGAUAGGACCAAAUAAUAUGUCCGCCCUUAGCAUUAGGGCGGCCACACAACAAGAACUGGAUAAUCUAUUAAGAAUGUCCUACAUCUCCGAUUAUGCAGUUCAUUAUUAUUGUGGUGAAAAGCAAACUGUAGCCUCAGUAUGUUCAUAAGACUUUUGAUGUUUAUUCAAAUUUAAUUUGGGUAUAAUGUUUACUAACUAAAUCCUAAAAGUGUUUAUUGCAAACACUAAUAUAAAUGUUAUAGUUAUUUGUUAUAAUUAAUAGCUAUUUGGCUAAUAGUAAAUAGUUUAAUAAAUAAAUAGUAUUGUUACCUCA